UUCCCCCUAGAUUCCACAUCAAUUGGAGCAGCCCUGGCGAAGGUUUGGAGCAGCUAGAGAGAGAGAAGGCCAUCGCCGCCGCCUCGCCGAGUGUCCGCUGCUGCCGACCGUCGCUGCAUCUUCCAUCUCCGCCGCCGCCUCGCAUCUCUCGCCUCUCUCGUCGUCGGCGCGUCGCCUUGCCUCUCUUGCCGCUCUGGCCGCCGCCUCGCCGACCGUCGCCGCCCGCCGCUGCAUAGUCCGCUCUCGCCGACCGCCGCUUCGCCUCUCUUACUCUAAGGAGGGUUAGCUUUCUGAAUUCCGACCUUCCCUUGCCAAGUUGCCGUGAAAGGGGUAAAGAGCGAGAGCAGCUGCGGAGCAAGUGGAGGGGACGACAAACAAAAAUGGGAAGUGCAGGGGCGGCACAGAUACCGACUAGCUUCGGCCAUGAGCUGAGGGCGUGCCUUCGUUGCAGGCUUGUCAAAACCUACGACCAGUUCAGGGAAUCGGGAUGUGAGAACUGCCCUUUCUUUAAGAUGGACGAAGAUCAUGAGCGUGUUGUUGAUUGCACCACUCCUAAUUUUACUGGAAUUAUCUCAGUUAUGGAUCCAAGCAGGAGUUGGGCUGCUCGAUGGCUCCGUAUUGGAAGAUUUGUCCCUGGUUGUUACACGCUGGCAGUCUCAGAGGCACUCCCAGAAGAUCUGCAGAAUCUCUGCGAAGAUGAACGAGUUCAAUAUGUUCCCCCGAAACGUGUAUGAUCGAAGAAUGGGAAUAUGGCUGAAACAUUAUAUAUAUAUAUAUAUAUAUUUUUUUUUUUUUUCUUUUUUGCUUUCAAAUCAAACUAUGUGGAGGCUUGGCUGCUUGAAUAUGUAUGGCAAAUGGCACUCGGCAGCAUCUAAAGCUUUCUCCAUGAAUCAAAGCCCGAGACUCCGUUUCAGUUUUCAGUUUUUUA